AUGACGGCUACAAGCGAUGCCAAUUUUUCGUUCUUUCCUCAUGCCCCUGCCUCCGUGCUGGGACUUUCUUCUCCUUGUUUGUAUCCAGCGGGGGGGACACAUUCGCAAGGUGACAUGUCGUGCGAACAGUCGGAUGUAGACGAUGAGUACGAUGAUGAUCUUCAAGACGAAGGAAGCUCUGUGGAUGGUAGCAGCAGGUAUGACGAGAAUGAUUCAGCAGAAGAGAAGCACGUACAAGUGAUUCCCAGAAGAAAGAGAGGGGAGCCGGCAGAUGUCAAUAGGAAGGGGGUGAAGCUUGGAAUCACUGAGAUCAAAGAAUAUUUCCACAUGAGGCAAUCUGAAGCUGCGAAGCGCCUGGGCAUAUCGCUCACGGCUAUGAAGAGUGCAUGUAGGAGGAUCGGACUCACGCGUUGGCCGUAUGCCCGCAGGAAGAAGGCGAGGACCAAGGUUCUGGGAGGACAUGCGCUCCCUGCCCAUGGGAGCUAUGCUGCCUCUUUGUUCGGCGACACUGCUCAGAGCCGGCAUGCUGUCCCCACUCUGUCACGGGAGGACAGCUCAGCCUCGAGCUCGCAAAGCGACGAGUGCUCGAGCACCGAGACCUCGCCUGCCCCUGAAAGGAUAGAAGAGAGCCUUGCUCCUCCCCUCCUCGUUGAUGGAAGCAAGCGAGCGGAGGAGGUGCCGGCUCGGGGGCCCAACAAUCUUCACAUGGUUGAGGUUGGGUCCUUCCCUAUUGACAAGAUGUGGAUCGAAUGGUUUGUCCGGACUUCAGACUCCAUGGACAUCUUGUAA